GAAUAUUUUCAAUACAGAGCCCACAGGUCAGACUAGACCAAAAAUAUCUGGAGAUGGUUGGACAAAGCAAAUGGGUGAAAACAGGACUGACAUUGCUUUGCUGUGUGAUGCACAAGCUUUUCCAACACCGAAGAAAAGGUGGUACAAGUUUAUCGAAGGCUCAAACAGAAAACAGGCUGUGACACUGGACGAACGCGUGAAACAAGUGGCCGGCACUCUGAUCAUCCGUGAAGCUAAAGUCGAAGAUUCGGGCAAAUACUUGUGCGUGGUGAACAACUCUGUUGGAGGAGAGAGCGUGGAGACUGUACUGACUGUUACGGCACCGUUGAAGGCGAAGAUCGAACCACCUGUGCAGACUGUCGAUUUUGGAAGACCUGCAGUUUUCACUUGCAAAUUUGAAGGUAAUCCUAUCAAGACUAUAAGCUGGCUAAAAGACGGCAACAAGCUCGACCACUCUGACGCUGUGCUUCGUAUCGAAGCUGUAAGGAAAGAAGACAAAGGCAUGUAUCAGUGCUUCAUCAGGAACGACCAAGAAAGCGCUGAAGCAACUGCUGAGCUGAAGCUUGGAGGAAGGUUUGAACCUCCUCAAAUCAGGCACGCAUUCGACACGGAGACUGUCCAGCCGGGUAAUUCUGUCUUUCUGAAGUGUAUCGCCAGUGGAAAUCCGACGCCUGAGAUCACAUGGGAACUUUACGGAAGAAAACUGUCGAACAACGAAGUCUAUCAAAUUGGACAGUACGUGACCGUCAACGGAGACGUAGUUUCUCAUCUGAACAUAUCAUCGAUUCGCACAAAUGAUGGUGGACUUUACCGAUGUGUGGCUAGCAGCAAGGUUGGAACAGUGGAUCAUUCUGCCAGAAUCAACGUUUAUGGCUUGCCUGUCGUUAGAUCAAUGGAGAAGCAAGCUAUCGUCGCCGGAGGAACUCUUAUCGUGCACUGCCCCUUUGCUGGACACCCUGUAGACUCCGUUGUCUGGGAACGAGAUGGAAGAUUGCUACCGAUCAACAGGAAACAGAAGGUGUUUCCCAACGGCACUCUCAUCAUUGAAAACGUAGAAAGAGCUUCGGAUCAAGCAACAUACGUAUGCGUAGCAAAGAACUCUCAGGGAUACAGCGCAAGAGGAUCUUUGGAAGUUCAAGUCAUGGCUGGAUAAAUUACGUUGAAUGUUGAGAGUGUUCCCCUAUAGUUCCCUCACAAAUUCAUCCAUUCGAUUUCGGAGAAGAGGCAACAAACUCUGGCGAUAUUGUCGUUGCAAUCUGCAC